AUGGAAAAAAGACACCUUAACCUAUGCUCAAAAACAGCCACAUGCUCACACACUCCUAAACUCUAUAUCUUACCGGUACGUCAACGCGAAAAUAUACUAGAUAAUAUUUCAAGCGAUACAAGACAAAAGAAACAAAAUUUGGUAGUCAAAAAUCGUGCAAAAACAGCGUCAGAUUCAGAUUGCAUUGAUUUACUGCGCGUUAUAACUCAGAAAUCAAUAUCGAAUGAUGUGGCUCAAUUGUUAGAUAAAUAUAAGAAGGUUACAUUUUUUUAUUAUGAUCGGAAACGAAAACGACAAAACGAUUUUGAUAUCAAUACAAAAUUUGUAAUUAGUACAAAAAUAUUGAAAUUACUCAAUGGCAAUAAAAAUCGAAAUGAAAAAAUACAACAACAAAAAUUUUUAUCAAAAUAUCCUCAUUUAUUUAAAUUUAUACUGUCCAAAGAGCACCAGAAAUAUUUUAUUCAACAGGGUUUGUUAGCUCGUUCAUCUAAACAACAGCAACAACCACAACAAGUAUAUUUAAUGUUGCAUGAUGAAUUAAACGAUAUACUAAAAGAAGAUACAGAUUACAGUGGUAUUUCCAUUAGUGAUUUUUUUACAUUACCAUAUGAUAUUAUUAAUCAAAUUAAUGACAGAACAUGA